UUUUUUUUUUUAUUCACACAUUGUUGUCUUCUGAAUUGCAUUGCUCAUUAGCGAAGCAUUGUUUUUUGAAAAUUUAAAACGAAAAUGGCACCAACGAUAGACCUUCCUGACGGACUACAUCCGAGUUCUCUCAUUGGUGUCCUAAUUUUUAUCGCAGACCUGAUUGCAGUCAUCCAACUGAUCAACUCAGACCGUUCCUUGUCCGCAAAGAUCCUUUGGUCCUUACUCAUCUUCCUCUUCCCUAUCAUUGGCCUCAUUAUUUAUUUGCUAUAUACACAUAACGAAAGACGACGAUUGCGGUAUAUCAGCAUCCCCUAAAAAAUUAAUAUGCCGAGUAGGUCACAAGGAUAACAAAAAUCGAUGCUAAUAAAGCCGAUGCCUUUUUGUUUGGUCAGAACAAAAAGACUUUACAUCAUGA